AAUUAAAGUAUUAAGAUUACAUCAAAAUUCUAAAAUAACCAUGAGCAACGUAAUCGUUCAAUAUGUUCUUCUACGAAGCGAUUUAAUGAAAGAAUUAGGCUGGUCCAUAGGUGCUUUGGUGGCUCAAGCGUGUCAUGCAUCUACAGCUGUGUUACAUUUAUACAAGGAAGAUGAAAACACAAUAAAGUAUUUACGUGAUUUGGAAAAUAUGCAUAAAGUUGUUUUAGAGGUUCCUAAUGAAGAAUCAUUGAAGAAAGUAGCAGAAAAACUAAAAGAAAAUUCAAUUGACCACAAAUUAUGGAUUGAACAGCCAGAGAAUAUUCCAACAUGCCUAGCACUGAAACCUUACUCUAAAGAUGAAGUGAAAAAGUAUGUGGGAAAAUUUAAAUUAUAUAAAGAUACCUUGAAUAUAUAAAUAAUUGUAAGACUAAACAAUUAUUACAAAAGAUUAACUUGUCA